UUAACAAUUUGUCUCAUGUUAUAACAUUACAAAAUAAUUUACCAUGAAGAUCAAGUUCUACCUCUAUAUUUACCAAGCAAGUGGAUGAACUCUUUGUCAAACUUGUGGAUAGCCUUAUCUACUAAAUAGUUAAUCUUGUCUACCAAAUAGUUAACAUUGUCUACCAAAUAGUUAAUCUUUUUGUAGUAUAAAUACUAGCUCAAGAUAGAAGAAAAAAUGCACCUCAUGUAUACAUUUUCAUAAGUUAUACAAUUCUCUUCUUCUUUCUCUUAUAAUAUUUCUAAAGUUCUUAAAGUUUUAGCACUAAUCUUGUGUUAAUCCUUGUUAUAUUAUAACACGUUAUCAGCACGAGGCUCUAGUCAAGGAAACGUUCAAGCAAUUAUAAUCAAACGACAAAAAUGGCAAACAUCGCAAAAAUUGAGUUCCCGGCUCUUAAUAUCACCGGAGAAAAUUAUAUGCCGUGGACGACACAUGUUAAGCGACAUCUAAAGUCAAUGGGUGUUUUGGAAACGUUAACGGAGUGGAACGAAUGUAGCGAUCAAGACAAGGCAAAAGCCGAUGUCUUCCUGCAUAAACACAUUGAUGAAAUGUUACAAUUUGAAUAUUCAAAUUUUGAGGAUCCAUACGUUUUGUGGGAAGAUUUAAAAAGCAGAUUUGAUAAUCAAAGGGAAGUUUUACUUCCCACUGCUAGAGAUGAAUGGAACAAUCUCAGGUUCCAAGAUUUUAAAAAGGUGAAUGAAUACACCUCUGCUUUGUACAGGAUAUGCUCAACGCUCCGAUUCUGUGGGCAAACUGUUACGGAGGAUGAUAUGUUGGAGAAAACUUUCUCCACAUUUCAUGCAUCAAAUAUAAACUUGCAACAACAAUAUCGGUUGCAAAAGUUUCAAAGAUAUUCUGAUCUAAAUUCAUUUCUCCUCGUAGCAGAGAAAAACAAUGAGCUACUAAUGAAAAAUCAUCAAGCUCGUCCCACUGGAUCAUUAGCCAUUCCAGAAGCAAAUGUUGUUAUUAAUGAUGAUAUUAAAGACUCUGGAAGAAAAUGGGGACGAGGCCGUGGCCGUGGCCAUUUUGGUAAAGGUAAUGGUCGAAAUUAUUCCUUCAAAAGAAAUAAUAGCUUCCGAGGCAAUUCCCAUGGUCGUGGACGUGGUCGCGGUCGUGGUCGUGGUCGAAAUCAAAGAACCCACAAUUACCACACUCCACAAAAUACCAAUCCCAACCAGUAUAACAAAAGGAAUGAAGCUGGUAGGUCCGAAAACAAUGGCACUUCUUGUUUCAGAUGUGGAAGUGCAAACCAUUGGUCAAAGGCUUGUCGUACACCUUCACAUUUAUGUGAACUUUACCAAGCCUCUCUCAAAAGAAAAGAAAAGGAGAUGAACCAUGUGGAUAAUUUUAAUGAUAUCAACGUCGAAAUGAAUGUCGCCGACUUUAACAAUAACAUGGAACUCUGAAACGAAUGUUGCUAAACUAUAAUAAUUAUAUGCAACAAUUAUGUAAUUUCCUUUAUUAUAUAUAUCUUUAUGUUUCAGUAGUCUUUCUUUUCAUGUAACGUCUUCAACUAAUAAAUAAA